AUGAGUUUCUAAGAUGUCUCUAAGCAAAUAGAGGAGAUGACUAAUUUCCUUGUAUGAUUUUUUAAUAUCUUUAUAGUUAGAAUAGAGUGAUGAUAAUCUAGUAAAUACAUCUCCUACUAAUAGAGAAUAAAUAAAUCUCAUCAUACAUGAUCAAAAAGUUAAAUAGAGAAUUAAUGCAAUGUUGAAAUAAAAAGUAUUUAUUUAAAUGUUAAAAAUAGAGUAGACAAUAUCCUCAUUCAUAUUUAACUGUUGAAAUAUCGAGUGAAGAUAAUUAUGAGAUUGAAUUAGAUUAAGAAGAUAUUAAAUAAGUAACGAAAUUUUUAAUAAUUCAAAUUAUAGGUUUGUGAAAAUUUUGGAGAAGUCAAAUAAGUCUAUACUAAACUAAAUGGAUCUAUAAUAAUUAAGUUUAAUACACUUUUUGAUGCUUUUAUUGUUUAUAAAUUAUUAAACAAACAUCAAAUUAAAGAGUUAGAUGUGAUUAUCAAAAUUGAAUUUACAUCUUAAUAAGAUCUUUUAGAGAUCAUGGAAAUACAAGAUGCUAAUUAAUAAAAAUUUACAUGUAGAUAUGAUGUUUAAAUUGAUAAUGAUAAAGACUUUUAAGUUGCUCGUAAAAUCAUAGGUAAUUUAUUUAAAAAAUCCAUUUAGGAGCUAAAGGUUGUAAUAUGAAGAAAAUUAUUGAUUAAUGUUUAAUAGAUUGUGAUACAAAAGAAUAAGAUCUCGUUAAACUCAGAUUAAGAGGAAGAGGAUCAGGAUAUAAAGAAGGUCCAGAAAAAAGAGAAUCUUAAGAACCAUUACAUUUAUGUGUUUCAUCAAAACAUAAUCAUCUAUUUUUGAGAGUAAAAUGAUAUUUCUAAUUUUUAUAGGCUUGUUAAUUGGUUGAGUCAUUAUUAUUAAAAAUUUAUGAAGAAUAUAAAUUAUUUGGAUUCAAUAAAGGAAGAAAAUAAUCUAAUUACAAUAUUAAAAGAAUAUAAUAAUCAAUUAAAUCUCAAAUCAAACCAAAUUUUAUGCCUGAAUUGCCAAACUUUAAUUUUUCAAAUGUAUUUUCAUGUUUUUAUUUUUAUAGAAUUAAUUUGUUGAUUUUAACAAUGAAAAUGUAAUGGCAUAUUCAAACAUACCUAAUUAAUUAAUAUGA